AUGAAGCAGGCAGCGGUGCACGCCAAGGCUGAGUAUUUCAACACCAAGCGUGGCCCGGCCACCCCGGCACAUCAUCCUUUCGCUGAUCCCCAACCUGCUUCAGCACCCACCUCAGCCCCACCUCAGCAUUCUACUCCCGCCCCAAGUGGCCAGGGUACCCAGCAACCCAAACGGAAGGAUAACUACCAGCAUACCUUCAAUAAUAACAAACGGGCAGGCACAACCACCACCAGUCCAGCGGGGUCAACCCGCACAGGGCAGGCGAUCGGGCUCCACUUCCCUUCUCACCCAAGCCCAGGUUCGAGGUCUUCACCACCCUGA